AGUAGCAUCCCCAGUCUGUCUGUCUGUCUGUCUGUCUGACCAUGCACCUGAGGUCCGGCCCGCAGCACACCCGCGUUCUGCUCACAGGCUGCUUCUGGAGGUUGUCGGUUGAACCCCGCUGGAGUGCCGCUGGGCAGGUUGAAAAGAGAGAGAAGAGAGGAGACAAUACGCGCAUGGCAGACAUUGCUCUUUGCUUUGGCCGCUGAUAAAGAAAGCAGCGUCUCGCCUGUGUGUGUCCAGGACAACAGACCGUCUCUGUCCGCCCCGUCGACCCUGAGCCUUUUCUCCGAAGAUGUCUCUUGUGACCGCGCUGUGGCUGCUGCCUGUGUUGUGUAGCAUCAUCAACACCUCCAGUGCUACGUCCUCAGUGUCCCGGAAGUGUGAGGACAGUUUGGCCACUCCCCUUCCUUACAGCUCCUUCACCAGUUCAUCUGUAUAUGCCAAAGGAUAUGGAGCUGGUUAUGCCAAACUCAAUCGAAAACAAGGUGCUGGAGGCUGGUCACCCCUGGAUACAGACCAUUACCAGUGGUUACAAGUGGACCUGGGUUCUAGGAAGCAGGUGGUUGCCAUAGGGACUCAGGGUCGCUACAGUAGCUCCGAUUGGACCAGCAAGUAUCGGCUGCUUUACAGUGACAGUCAGAAAAACUGGAGGCCUUAUUUACAGGAUGGUAACAUCUGGACAUUUGAGGGAAAUGUCAAUAUUGAGGGCGUGGUUCACCAUGAACUGCAGCACACCAUUCUGGCUCGCUACAUUCGCUUCAUCCCAGUGGACUGGAGCAAAGAGGGACGCAUUGGCGUACGUCUGGAGCUCUACGGCUGCUCAUACUGGGCAGAUGUGAUCAGUUUUGAUGGCCAAGGUGUCAUCUCUUACCGCUUCAGGAGUAAGAAGAUGAAGAUUCUGAAGGAUGUCAUCUCACUGAAGUUUCGAACCACAGCUAGGGACGGUGUCUUGCUCCAUGGAGAAGGACAGCAGGGAGACUACCUUUCCCUCGAGCUCCGCAGGGCUCGACUGCAGCUCAGCAUCAACUUAGGCAGUAACCAGUAUGGUUCCAUCAAGGGUCACACCUCUGUGAUCAGUGGGAGCUUACUGGAUGAUGACCACUGGCAUUCAGUUGUCAUAGAGCGUUACCGGAGGAAUGUCAACUUCACUCUGGACCAUCACACUCAGCAGUUCAGGACCAAUGGAGACUUUGACCACCUUGACCUGGACUAUGAGAUCAGCUUUGGAGGUGUGGCUGUGUCAGCAAAGCCAAGCUCAGGAGGCAGAGAGAACUUUGUGGGCUGCAUGGAGGGAAUCACCUACAACGGAGACAACAUCACCAGCCUUGUCCGCAGGAAGAAGGUGGACACGUCCAGCUUUCGUAACCUGACUUUUUCGUGCGCCGAGUCCAACUCCUUCCCUGUCUUCUUCAACUCGACCUCCUUCCUGCGGCUGCCCGGUCAGAGUGACAGUGACACUCUGUCAGUAAGUCUGUCUUUCAGGACAUGGAACCCCAAUGGGCUGCUAAUGUUUACGGCGCUGGCUGAUGGCUGGGUGGAGGUGGGGCUGACGGAGGGCAAGGUCACCGUCUACAUGAAUGUGACACAGAGGAAGAACACGCGCAUUGACAUCUCAUCAGGCUCAGGUCUGAAUGAUGGCCAGUGGCACAGUGUCCAUCUGAAUGCCUUGGAGAACUAUGCAAUGCUGACUGUGGAUGGAGAUGAAGCAUCUACAGUCAGAACAGCCAUCCCCAUUCAAAUCCAGACUGUAGGAGCCUACUACUUUGGAGGCUACUUCAUGCACACUAAUACCAGAUCAGCGCAGCGCUCCUUCCAGGGCUGCAUGCAGAUGAUCCACAUAGACGACCAUUUAGCUGACCUCAGGGCUGUGGAGCAAGGCCACAUUGGGACUUUUGAAAAUGUUAGCCUGGAUAUGUGUGCCAUUAUUGACAGGUGUGUUCCCAACCACUGUGAGCAUGACGGUCGCUGUUCUCAGACGUGGGACACAUUCAGCUGCAAUUGUAGUGGCACUGGAUACACUGGAGCUACCUGCCAUACCUCGAUGUAUCAGCAGUCCUGCGAGGAGUAUAAGCACCUGGGGAAGAGCUCAGGGAGCUACUGGAUCGACCCAGACGGCAGUGGCUCUAUUGCCCCCUUCAGAGUCAGCUGUGACAUGACAGAGGAAAAGGUCUGGACCAUACUAAAGAACAACCUGUCUCCUCAGACUUCAGUCACCAGUCCAGACCAGGAAGGGAAAGCAGUGCUGCAGAUAACUUACAAUGUGACCAAUGAACAGGUGUUGUCAGUCACUGGCAAUGCAAAGUACUGUGAACAGUAUGUAGCGUACGCCUGCCGAAUGUCCCGUCUGCUCAACACUCCAGAUGGCACCCCGUUUACCUGGUGGGUAGGAAGAGCCAAUGAGAGGCAUUCCUACUGGGGGGGUUCUGGACCAGGGAUACAGAAGUGUUCCUGUGGUAUCGAACACAACUGUACUGACCCCAAAUACUAUUGUAACUGUGAUGCUGACCUGCGCUCCUGGAGGGAGGAUGCAGGCCUGUUGGUGUAUAAAGAUCAUUUGCCAGUCAGUCAGGUUGUGGUUGGUGAUAGGAGCAGAGCUGGAUCUGAGGCCAAACUGACAAUCGGGCCACUCAAAUGCCAUGGGGACCGAAACUACUGGAACGCUGCAUCCUUCACCAGCCCUGCCUCCUUUCUUCAUUUCCCGUCCUUCAGAGGGGAAACUAGCACUGACAUCUCCUUCUACUUUAAGACUUCCUCCAGUCAUGGAGUCUUUCUGGAGAACCUCGGAACCACCGACUUCUUGCACAUUGAACUAAAAGGAGCCUACUUGGUCUUCUUCUCUUUUGACGUGGGUAGUGAGCGAGUGGAGCUUAGUGUGCGCUCACCGGUGCCUCUCAACGAUGACCAAUGGCAUCGUGUGGAGGCUGAGAAGAACAUCAAGGAAGCGGCACUGCAACUUAACGGACAGUACAGAGAGGUCAGACCCACCCCCUCCCAGGGUCACAAGAAACUGAAGUACUACAGCGAGCUAUAUGUUGGUGCCUCAAGUGGUCAGAGGGGUUUCUUGGGCUGCAUGCGGGCGCUGAAGAUAAAUGGUAUGACUAUUGACCUGGAAGAGAGGGCAAAAGGGACCCCAGGAGUGAGUCCAGGCUGCCAGGGCCACUGUAACAGCUAUGGGAUGCACUGCAGGAAUGGAGGGAAGUGUGUGGAGCAGUACAACAGUUACUCCUGUGACUGCUCACUCACUGCAUACGAUGGACCCUUCUGCACUGAUGAUGUAGGUGGCUACUUUGAAACCGGGACCUUGGUGCGUUAUGACUUCUUGCCGGAAGUGGGACCUUUUGCAGUAAGAGAAGGGAAGAGCCUAUCUGGUGAUAGUGUUCCUAGUGUGGCCAACCUGACACAGGAGGAGCUGGUGUUCAGCUUCAGUACCACCAGCACUCCCAGCAUCCUGGUCUACAUCAGUUCCAGGACUCAAGACUACCUGGCUGUGGUGCUAAGGCACAAUGGGACUCUCCAGAUCCGCUACAGUCUUGGGGGGCUAAAUGAACCUCAUACCAUUGAUGUUGACCAUCGUAACAUGGCCAAUGGACAGCCACACUCUGUCAACAUAACCAGGAACUUAAGAGAAAUACGACUCCGGCUGGACCACUACCCAGUUUACACAUACACUCUGCCAGUGGCCUCGGACACCCAGUUCAACUUGGUAAAAAGUAUCUUUCUCGGAAAAGUCUUUGAAACUGGACAGAUUGACCCUGUCCUAAUCGAGCGCUACAACACGCCAGGUUUUGUGGGCUGUCUUUCAAGAGUUCAGUUUAACAGUGUGGCACCUUUGAAAGCUGCGUUACGCUUGGGCCUGGCAGCACCUGUCAGCACCCAUGGGAUUUUGGUCCCAUCCAAUUGUGGAGCCUCACCCCUGACCAUCUCCCCCAUGGCCUCAGCUAGUGACCCUUGGCACAUAGAAGCAGCUGGAGCUGUUUUCCCUUUCAAUGAGGACAAAGCCAGUGGUGAUGGAGUGGAUCGCAACUUUGUCAUAAUUGGAGGCAUCAUCUCCAUGGUGAUCUUCAUUGUCCUUUGCAUCAUGGUGUUUAUGAUCCGCCAUCUGUUCCGUCAUAAAGGCUCCUACCACACUAAUGAGGCCAAGGGAGCGGAGUCAGCAGACUGUGCUGAUGCAGCGAUCAUCGUCAAUGACCCGGCCUUUACCGAAACCAUCGAUGAGAGCAAGAAGGAGUGGUUCAUCUGAACCCCUCCCCGCAACAUGGACACAUGACGUUAGGAUGUAUGUAGUUUUCUAAGCAUAGGCAGUUGUAGUGAGGGGACCACCUGUGGAACCUUGAGGAUGUGCCGAACGGUUUAUUUAAAAACUUUAUGGACAAUGGCAUUAUAACAUGGGUAUGAAAGCACAGGGGGAUGCACUGCCUGGCAGAGCCAAUGUUGAAAUGUGGAGCAGUUUAUUUAAACUUUAUUUACAAUGGACAGGAUGACAGCCUUCAUAUGGUGUAGAGGACAGUGCCAUUAAAUUACAGGGCAUGGAUGAGUGAAUGUGUUUUCCUUUAUUUCUUUCUUUAUUAUAAUUUAAUUUCAAUUGAUCUUUUGUAAUUUAUUCAUAUCUAAGUGAUAUAUUUUUUCAUUAAUUUAUUUCUAAAGAUUGAUAUCUGUAUGCCUUUGUGCAGUGUGCUAAAAUAUCAGAUUAGAAGAUGGUGGCAUUAAUGGUAAUCAUAAAACUUAUACAUCGAACAAUGCCAAUAACCCUUCAUAUCUGUAGCAAUGCUUAUUAUGUGCAGGGGGAGUUUACGUUAUGUUUCAUCAUUAUUUAAGUUUAAUUUGAGCCUUAAGACUGAAACAGUUUGUGUGUGUGUGUGUGCGUGUGUGUGUGUACUUGCAUGAGUGCACACUGACUGGAUUCCUUGCCUUGUAGAGGAGAUAUAGCCGUGACAAAUGACUGCAUCUUUUAGGCUAAGACCCAAGGGAAAAAAGGAAAUGCCACGCUUCUAUUUAUUUUUGCAUCUACAUAAAUUACAGUGUCUCUUAAUGACUUUUGAUCAUAGAUUGUUGACAUUAUUACUGAUGCAUCUUUUAUUUGACUUUAACUAUGUUUGGUGCCAAAUGAGUUCAGUGGUGUAUGCAGCUUUGAACAACGACCUAUGUCCUGUCAGUCAAACGAGAGGUCAACUCGCUGUUUUGGUUUAGUCAGACAAGAUAUUAUUAUUAUAAUCAUAUGUUCGUACAUCAAGACUGGUGUGGAAUACUUUUAGCUUAAUGCUAACUGCUAGCCUAAUUCCAUCACAAGUAAUCGUUUCCAACAACUUCAAAUUUUCUUAUUGUCUGUUAUUUGUAAGCAACCUGGUACUGGAAGAGAGUUGAUGAAAUUAGACUGUCCACCUCAAACAACUGACUAGAGAAGAGAAGUUCAUCAGUGUUCAUUAUAUUGAUUUUAUAGUUUUCUUAAGUCUCUCUGAGUUUCAGGCUUACUGACUUUGGGGCUAGGGUAGUACGACAUGUGAAUUAGGCCAGCUUGUUUGUGAUGGAGAGCAGCUACAUGAAGCCUUGGCCGAGUCAGUUCAGGAUACUUCUACUAUCUGUCUUUUAAAAACCUGAGCUAUGUAUCUGAUUUUGAAGUAGUAAGAUGAGGUUUCUUAAAAAGAAUGUUUGUUACACACAUAUAAAACUAUGGCUUACAUCCUGACAUUUGAUUGUAUUGCAUCUGUAUACUUUUGACUGCACUGCUGUGUAAUGGCAUGUUGUUUGACACUGAAUGACUCACAUUUCUGAUUUGAUAUGCCACUCUAGAAACACAUUGCUUUUUCUUCAUGUUAUAUGUAUAAAACUUUGCCUAACUGUUCUUCUUUUUAUAGCUGUUUUCUCAUUCGUUGUGCUUUUCUCAUUGUCUUGGAAUUUCUCCUAGAAAGAUCAGUAAAACAUACAAUACAAAUCUUACACUGGCUGAUAUAACCUUUUUGACCUUGCACAACUGAAUCCAGUUGACUGACAUCUGGAAGAGAUGUUAGAGUUGGAGUUUGGGGUUGUCAGU